AUGACACCGUACGAGGCGUUAUAUAGUCGUAAGUGUCGUACUCCUACCUGUUGGACUGAGCUAGGCGAACGGCGAGUUCUAGGGCCAAAGUUAGUUUUCGAUAUCAAAGAGAAGGUAAAACUGAUUCAAGACCGAUUGAAGGAAGCAUCUAAUAGGCAGAAGUCUUGUGCGGAUCUUAAACGCCAAGAAAUUGAGUAUUUUGUCGGGGAUUACGUUUUUCUCAAGGUUUCACCAUGGAAAAAGAUACUGAGGUUUGGUCGGAAAGGUAAGCUUAGCCCUAGGUUCAUUGGGCUUUACCGUAUACUGAAGCGUGUGGGACCGGUCACUUAUCAACUUGAGUUGCCUUCAGAAUUAGACCAGAUUCACGAUGUGUCCCACGUCUCCAUGUUAAGGUGUUAUCACUCUGAUCUCGCACACAUCGUACCAGUUGAGGAGAUCGAGGUUAGGCUAGAUCUAACCAUUGAGGAGGAGCCAGUGCAGAUAUUGGGGAGCCAGUGCAGAUAUUGGACCGUGAGCAAGAACCAUAGGAGCAAUCUCACCACAAAAGAAAAGGAUGAGGAACAAGAGCCCGAAAGGACGGCGAAGAUUGAGGAAUCAAAUAUUGUUGUCGGAGUUGGAUUAGAAGACGUUGGUGAGAGUUCGUUUGAGAUUUUUAUUGAUGGUAAGUUAUUCCCGGAUCUUUCGGGCCUUCAGCCAGAUUUAUGGGAAGAUCCCAAGUGGGAUGUUCUCAGUUUUCUUGUUCAGUAUUUGUUGGCUUUUGGCAUCGUUUUCGCAGUAUAUCUCAAAGCUCUUUAUCUUUGCCUUUUUUUUCCAUUGUUCGGUUUUACUGUGUUAAUGCCUAAAAUGAUUGAUGUUUGA